AAAAUACAUUUCAAGAAUCAUUAUCAGUACAUGUGAAAUUAAUCAAUCCCAAUCAGCUUGUCACAGCACUUCACAGUAGACAUUUUCCAAAGAGAAUCAACAAACCCCUUUGUGGAAAAUCUUGAAAAGUUCCCUAGUGCCUGGUUAUAAGCUCCUGGAAAAUGUAUUCACAAAAGAGGAAUUGCGUAUUAAGACGCUGACCACAAGUAAAUAAAACUGCUCAACGUGUCAGUACAUGGCUUGGUGACUCAGAUCCUGUGUUGCAACUAUGCAGGUGAGCAUGAAACCAUGUGCUUGAAAAUGCCUUGUGUAAGCUUCUCCUCUUGGAAAAAAUGCUUCCCUUAAAAUUUAAUUCAGUUGGCGGUUUGAGAAAGGUGCUAUUUAGGAAGAGCUGUUUCAUAAUAAAAUCUGUCAUUUAGGCUCUCUGUCACGAUCCGUGGCCUUGCAGAAGAAUGUUAAUUCUAAAUCAUUCGCAAAGUGUGAUUCAUUUAAUCAUAUGAAAGGAACCACAAGCACGUGUGGCCACUUGAGAUAUUCUAAUAAGUUUGCAGGCUGUUAUAACAAAGCCCAUUAAUAUGCCCUAGAGCUCUUUAACUAGCCUACCUGUAAUCACUUCCUUCCUGGGUAAUGACAAGUGACAGUAACCAUCUGGCGCCUGAGGACCAAAGGCUCACAAACGCAACAGACUGUACCAGACGGCUAGCGUGCUGGAACUUUUUUUGGGGCGGGGGUGUCCUUCGGGGAAUUUCCGCGAGGUAUCAGUCGCGUCGCUAAUUUUACUGUCCGCCAUGCGUUAUGUGCAUGUGCGCAAGAAGGCAGCGUUUGAUGAAUCAUUCCCCGGGGAAGAUUUGGCACAGGGUUUGGGAAUCUGCACGUUGUUUACCUCAUGGUCAAAGCCGGUCCAAGGUCAUCGGAAAGCUUGAGAUGUCCCUGAUGUCCGGGUGUUGUGAUUGUGUCAAGGACAGCAGGAUGGAGGCCUCCUGCCUGGAGCUGGCCCUGGAGGGAGAGAGGCUGUGCAAGGUGGGCGACUACCGCUCCGGCGUCUCCUUCUUCGAAGCGGCCAUCCAGGUGGGGACCGAGGACCUUCAGAUCCUCAGCGCCAUCUACAGCCAGCUGGGGAACGCCUACUUCCACCUCCACGACUACAACAAGGCCAUGGAGUUCCACCAUCACGACCUCACCCUGACCAGAACUAUUGGGGAUCGCCUUGGAGAAGCCAAAGCCAGCGGUAACCUCGGUAACACUUUGAAGGUUUUGGGGAGGUUUGAUGAUGCAGUCAUCUGUUGCCAGAGACACCUGGACAUCUCCAGGGACCUGCAUGACAGGGUGGGGGAGGCCAGAGCACUCUAUAAUUUUGGGAAUGUUUUCCACGCCAAAGGGAAGAGCAUCUGCUGGAGCGGGGUGGAUCCGGGAGAUUUCCCAGAGGAGGCCAUGACCGCCCUCCGCAGAGCAGCCGAGUUCUACGAGGCAAAUUUGUCUAUCGUAAAAGAGCUGGGGGAUCGGGCCGCGCAAGGCCGCACCUAUGGUAACCUCGGCAACACCCACUACCUGCUGGGAAACUUCCGGAAUGCCGUGGUAUCACACGAGCAGCGUCUUCUCAUCGCCAAGGAGUUCGGGGACCGGUCGGCAGAGAGAAGGGCGUACUGUAACCUGGGCAACGCCUACAUCUUCCUGGGGGAAUUCGAGGUGGCAGCUGAACACUACAAGAGGACCCUGCAGCUGGCCCGGCAGCUCCAGGACCGGGCCGUGGAGGCCCAGGCCUGCUACAGCCUGGGGAACACCUACACCCUGCUGCAGGACUACGAGCGGGCCAUCGACUACCACCUCAAACACCUCAUCAUCGCGCAGGACCUCAACGACAGGAUUGGGGAGGGGCGUGCGUGCUGGAGUUUAGGGAAUGCCUACACGGCCCUGGGAAACCAUGACCAGGCCAUGCAUUUCGCAGAGAAACAUCUGGAAAUCUCCAGAGAGACGGGAGACCGCAGCGGGGAGCUAACGGCCAGGAUGAACGUGUCCGACCUCCAGACGGUCCUGGGGCUCAGCUACAGCACCAACGCCUCGGUCCUGUCUGAGAACAAGGAGAUCGACUACAACAUGCACGGGGCGAGGCCGAGGGCGGGCCGGAGGCACAGCAUGGAGAACCUGGAGCUGAUGAAGCUCACGCCCGACAAGCUGAACGGCCCGAAGUGGAGCAGCGAAAUCCUGGCCAAGCCGCCCAAGCCCACCCUGUCCAAGUCCUCCAAGCUGUCGUUCGUCGGCCGCUUCAGGAGCCGGAAGCACAAGAACCCCGGCUCCUCGGCCAAAGUGCUGCAGGACAGCAGCAACACGCUGGACACGCAGGCCGAGGCGCAAGGCCCGCAGAAGAGGUCCAGCCCGGACAUGCUGGGCGACGAAGGCUUCUUUGACCUCCUCAGCCGUUUCCAGAGCAACCGCAUGGACGACCAGAGGUGCUCCAUCCAGGACAUCAAGAGCCGUCUCUCCGCCCCCCCCAGCCCCUCCACCCAGCCCACCCAACACAGAGGCAUCAGGAAAUCCCACUCGGACUCUGUGGUCCCCCCGGGCCGGGACCAGCUCCUGAAUAUGGUGGCCACCUCCCAGAGCCGUCGCCUCGACGACCAGCGGGCAAGCGGGGGCAGCUUCCCGGGCCUGCGGCUAAACCAGCAGAACAGCCAGUCUGUGCUCAACCACCUGAUGGCCAACGCUGACAACACCGAGCCGGACGAAGACUUCUUCGACAUGCUCGUCAAGUGUCAGGGCUCGAGGCUGGACGACCAGCGGUGCGCCCCGCCCCCGCUGGCCUCCAAGGGCCCCACGGUCCCGGACGAGGACUUCUUCAGCCUGAUCAUGCGCUCGCAGGCCAAGAGGAUGGACGAGCAGCGCGUCAGCCUGCCCUCCCACGCCCGGCGGGGCGACCCGAACUGACCCACCCCGCCCCGCUACGCGGGCGCUUUCCCCAGUCCCGCGGGCGUUUAAACAUCUCCUCAGCAGCCCCCUGCAUCCCAGGAGUCCGUGCACAUAUGUACAGAGGGAGGGGCCACGGCGUACGGUCCGGGCAUCAGACCCACAGAGACUCAGAUUUUUAUACUGCACAGGAGAGGACAGCUCCCCCAGUGGUUUUUAUUUCUGUACAGAAUUUCAUUCGCACUCCUCACCUCUUAGGAUAAUACAUCCUGAGGUGUGCAAGGCUGCAGUUUUUAUUUGUAUUUAUUGUGUGUUUUUUUGUAAUGUAGCAAGCACUUGCUCUAACUGCCAUUUCAUUUCACCUUGUGUUGUGUGUGUGUUUUUUUUCUCUAGGUUCUCUGGUAGUUUUUAUCAAAAGGUGCAGCACUAUAAUUGGUGUUGUUUUUUUUAUCAUCUUCUGUAUGCUUGUGUCAGGGUAUAGGGUUGUACAGCAAAGGGGGGCAUCAGUGAGGAAGGGAAGGAAAAAAAAUGUAUGGAAAUGUCAGGUAAAACAAUGAAUUUAUUAGUGUCUCUAAUGGUGCUCUUUUAUACUGCACAUUUUAAAUACAAUUAUGGAGGAAUUAAACCUCAUCUAUUAUCAACUUAUAA